AUGAACAUUUCGGAUUCGAAGGGAUUCAAGUACGGGAUUGCUAAGUCCAGUUCAGUGCCUAUCGGGGAAACCACCAGCAAAUAUUGCUCUAGGCUUGAUGGUGAUGGUAUUCACUAUCGGUACUGCUCUUGCGUAUCGCACUGGUCUGAAGCGAUCAGAUUGGAGGUGAAAGCUUCCUUGAGGUUGGUGCCGAAGACAGAAGGACAGCUCACAAUGCUAUUAUCUUGGAUGGUUCUAUUCGCGGCGCCCAUCGCCGCGGUAGUAAUGCCUCCUACUUCGGAGGCGGCUUUCGAUUUUGUCGAGAAAAGGGACGAUCAAGCACCCUUUUGUGGAGGAGAUGACACAAAAGACGGUGUGGUAUGGGAACCCAAGCUGGAAGCGACACAAGCGUCAGCACAAGGUGUGUCGCCUUGGAAAGGGACUGUAGGUUGGAAGGGAGUCCAAUUCGGUGCCAACGGCGCUUGGGAAGAAUUCUGUAAGAUUCAAGAUUGCACGCCCAAGCAGCUGAAGGAGGGGAACAUCUUCGCGGACGGACGGAGGAUCUCCACCUUCAAACAGUGUGCAAACGCCUGUCAAGACCCGAAUAUCCAGGCACAAUACGUUGAUAAUACUAAAUGCCGUGCCGUGCAGUGGCUGAAAGAAGGCUACAAGGGGUUGCCAAGCUGUUACUUUUACCAUUUCGCCGACUUUCCGAAGGACAUGGAGUUCACAAACAUGGAAACCCUCAGAGACAAUGAUGAUUGGGGAUCGUCAGGUAUCGCCUUUGUGGAUCAAGCCUGUGAUACUCCUGAACUCAAGAAAUUAUCUGAAAAAAAUGAAAAUGCUACAUGUUGUCGCUUCUCUUAGUACUAGUAUUCCACCAAUUGCUGUACUCAUGGGCACCGGGGCUAUGUAUCUACGAAAUAGAUAGUGCCGAUGCGUAUAUAUAAAACAAC